AUGGGAUUGCUCACAAUUAUUGGCAACUCUGUAAUUCUAUAUUUAUUCUUCACAAAACGUCUUGAUUCGAGAAGAAAUUUGAGGAUUAUCUUGUACAUGGCAGUUACGGAUAUCCUGUUCGCAGUGAUGAUAAUGCCCCAAAUUUGUUACAUGAUUUACAACUGGGAUACCAAUUUUGUCAAUUAUGAUCCAUAUGUGAUUGCAGCGAUCGGUUGGCCAUUACCGUUGUUUUUAAAAGCUUGCGUUGGUUUGAACGCCGGAGCAGCGACGGAGAGAAUUCUUGCUCUGUACUUUCCAAUCAUCUACCGCAAAGUGGAUCAUGUUCAAUGCUCGAAUAUCCUCAUGAUAAUCUGCAUGUUCAUCGGUGGAAUCGACGUCGUAAUGAGCACUUGCUCAUUUCAUUUCGAACCACGAGUCAAUUGCUCUUCUCUUGGCUGUUUUGUCAAUGACAUCUUUCGUACCUACUGGGGUACUUCGAACAUGGCCUGUGGACUUGUGGUAAUCGUAAUGAGCUUAUUCGUGUUUAUCAAAGUUCAGAAGCUCUCCCGGGAAAGUGGAUGGAUGGGCUCAACGCCGGCAGAAAGGAAGCAAAACAUGGCGGCAUCUCAAAAAUUUACUCAAGCCAAUCGAACGACAUGUGGAAUUUUGCUGAGCUCCUUGUUAUGUAUGACCAUCCCGUCCCUUUUGGUUUCUUUGGUUGAAACGAUUACCGGAUUUUCGAUUUUCGAAAAGUUUGGAGCCUUUUAUGUGGCCUCUCUUUUGACUAAUGGUGCCGCCAACUGCUUGAUAUUCCUAAUUCUCAAUGGACCUGUAAAAAGUAAAAUCAACACGAAAACUUUAUCGGAUGCAGUUACUACUGUAGCCUCGUCGAAACCAUACAACUCCUCCAAACAGACUACUUUUGUUGACUUGACCUAA